ACUGCCGCCGGGAGCUCGCGCUCGGCUGGUUCCGGGUUGAGAGGCUGCGCUCGGACCUGAGCAGUGGCCGCUGAGCCGGCAGGGGUAAGGGGCCACGCCGGGCGGGGUCUUGGGGCCGGGAUCGGGCAGCUGAGCUUGCUCGCACCCCUCCUCUCCUCUGCCACGCACAGCCGCGGCGCAGCUCCGCCUGGCUUCCCCCUUCCCCAGAAUUCCCCAUCCCCAGCUUCUCCCCCUCCCCCCACUGCACCCAUCCAGGGGUUUCAGCACCCCCUAAGGCCUCCGCCCCCCUCCUGGAUCCUCUUCUCCCAGCACCCAUCCCUUCAGACUGUCCCUUACUCUAGAACCUCCUUGCCAGGAGCCUCUUCCCUCAGACACCAAGGCCCCCUCCCUCCAGCACCCAUCGCUUCGAGUCACCCACUACCUCGAGACCACCUUCCUGGACUCGCAUCCCGACUAGUCUCUACCCUGCACCUCUUCCUCGCGUCUCCCCCUUCCCUCCCGGACAGCCCCCCUUCCUUCUGUAGCUCCUACUCUUGCCUCUCCCCGCCUGCUCCCGGCACCCAUCCCUCGGUGCGGCCCCCGACAGCGCCGCGCUCGCUCAGCCGCCCCCCUGCAUCUCAGGGCCCCCUCUCCGCCGCCCCCAGCGCCAUGGCGUGCAGCCUCAAGGACGAGCUGCUCUGCUCCAUCUGUCUGAGCAUCUACCAGGACCCGGUGAGCCUGGGCUGCGAGCACUACUUCUGCCGCCGCUGCAUCACUGAGCACUGGGUGAGGCAGGAGGCGCAGGGCGCCCGCGACUGCCCCGAGUGCAGGCGCACGUUCGCCGAACCCGCGCUCGCGCCCAGCCUCAAGCUAGCCAACAUCGUGGAGCGCUACAGUGCCUUCCCGCUGGACGCCAUCCUCAACGCGCGCCGCGCGGCGCGACCCUGCCAGGCGCACGACAAGGUCAAGCUCUUCUGCCUCACGGACCGCGCGCUGCUCUGCUUCUUCUGCGAUGAGCCGGCGCUGCACGAGCAGCACCAGGUCACCGGCAUCGACGAUGCCUUCGAGGAGUUGCAGAGGGAGCUGAAGGAGCAGCUUCAGGCCCUUCAGGACAGCGAGCGGGAGCACUGCGAGGCGCUGCAGCUGCUGAAGCGACAGCUGGCCGAGACCAAGUCUUCCACCAAAAGCUUGCGGACCACCAUUGGGGAGGCGUUCGAGCGGCUGCACCGGCUGCUGCGUGAGCGGCAGAAGGCGAUGCUGGAGGAGUUGGAGGCCGACACGGCGCGCACGCUCACGGACAUCGAGCAGAAAGUCCAGCGUUACAGCCAGCAGCUGCGCAAGGUGCAGGAGGGGGCCCAGAUCCUGCAGGAGCGGCUGGCCGAGACCGACCGCCACACCUUCCUGGCCGGGGUGGCCUCGCUGUCUGAGCGGCUUAAAGGGAAAAUCCAUGAGACCAAUCUGACUUAUGAAGACUUCCCAACCUCCAAGUACACAGGCCCCUUGCAGUACACCAUCUGGAAGUCCCUGUUCCAGGACAUCCACCCAGUGCCCGCCGCCCUGACCUUGGACCCCGGCACUGCCCACCAGCGCCUGAUCCUGUCCGACGACUGCACCAUCGUGGCCUAUGGCAACCUGCACCCACAGCCGCUGCAGGACUCGCCGAAGCGCUUCGACGUGGAGGUGUCGGUGCUGGGCUCCGAGGCCUUCAGCAGCGGCGUCCACUACUGGGAGGUGGUGGUGGCGGAGAAGACCCAGUGGGUGAUCGGGCUGGCCCACGAGGCGGCCAGCCGCAAGGGCAGCAUCCAGAUCCAGCCCAGCCGCGGCUUCUACUGCAUCGUCAUGCACGACGGCAACCAAUACAGCGCCUGCACCGAGCCCUGGACCCGGCUCAACGUCCGCGACAAGCUUGACAAGGUGGGCGUGUUCCUGGACUACGAUCAGGGCCUGCUCAUCUUCUACAACGCCGACGACAUGUCCUGGCUCUACACUUUCCGCGAGAAGUUCCCGGGCAAGCUCUGCUCCUACUUCAGCCCCGGGCAGAGCCACGCCAAUGGCAAGAACGUGCAGCCGUUGAGGAUCAAUACCGUGCGCAUCUAGGGCGGCGGAGGGAGCCCCAGACGCCGCCUGCGCCGCGGCCCCCGCAGGAGCGCGGCCCAGGGGAGGAGAGGCCUGGACUCCGGUCCAGCGUGGCCACCGUGAGGUCUCAAACCGCUUGUUUACCCUUCAGCCUCCGUUUCCCGUCUGUAAAAUGGAGGUCGUGCUCCAUGAUUCCUAAACUCUAUCAGCAUUGAUGUCCUGUAGUUCUGACCUUGAUGGGGAGGCAGCUUUGGUCCAAGGAUGUGAUGUGGCUUCUCCUCGGGGCAGCCUCUGCCCAGCCCUCAUCCCCAUCCUCUGGGGGUGGGGGUCAGGGGGACCACCUCCCUAUGUCUCCCUCCUGCCCACGCGCCCUGAUCUCAGGAUGUGUCAGAGUGUUGCCAGCAUUCGGCAGCCCAAAAGAUACACAGGAACCCCCUCAUGCUCCCACGUCUAAGACUUGCCCCUCACUAAGCCACGGGCCAUGUUACCCUUGACCCCAGCCCACAGUGGACACAGGCAGUAGCUGGUCCUAGGGUUGCCCGAGAACCCUUCUACCUCCAGACCAAGAGCUUUAUGGUUCCUAUUUUUCCCACUGACCUGCAGGUAGUGAUGAUGUUGUGACCUGUGAGAGGCACCAGUCAAUGAGCCCACGUUACAGUCACUGUGCCACCACCUUCCAGCCCACGGGUGGAAAAGCAGGAUGACGGCACGCCCCAGGCAGACGCAGAGACCAGUAGCCUAAAGGCAGCUGCAGGCCAAGCAUCACUGGGUGAUGGAGGUCCCCAGAAGCUUGGAUAAGGGUCCAACCAGGCCUCUGUGACCAGAUUAGGGUGCAGGGAGCGGUGUCUCAUUCAGGACCUGAGCACUGGGACAGGCUGUUGGCUGGGACCUCCCAUCAGGCUUGGCAUCUGUCUCCAUUCGGAUCCUGUUGCAGAUAACAAGAGCUGUUUUAGCUGGUUUAAUUAGACAGGAUUUAUUAUCACAUCCCUGAUGGCUUUGCAGAAUCAUUGGAAGGACUGGAGGAGCAGCCUCUGCUAGAUUUCCAGGAAUAACUCCCAGCCGCCAGAUUCAUCAUGCCUGUCCUGAUCAGAAACGCUGCGCCCAUCUGCAGGAAGCCACCGAAUCAGGAAGCCGAGGACCACAGAGCUGUGCUCCCUCCCCUUCUGGCCAUGCCAGCAAAUGGAUGUCAUGAGGCCCGCCUCUCUCCCACUCAAUUUAAUUCCCAAAUCCCAAUCUGGAUGAGGGGCACUGUUGGGGAAACACAAACCCGGCCCAGAACUUUGGCAGCAAGGGUGUCUGGGAAAUGGAUUCUUCUUUCCAGGCCCAGCCACACAAAAAGGGCGCAGAAGGAAGUGAGCGCAGAUGCCGAACAAGCUGGUGCACAGGGGUUCACCUCCAGGUCUUGGCUGUGAAGCAGCAGAGCCUCCAGCGGUCCUGCUCCCUGGCUCUGGCCCUGCCCAGGGGUGACAGCCCCAGGAGGUGGAUCUGCAGGCGUGGCCGAAAUGUCUCAAGCCUCAGCUUUGCUUUCUCAGCCAGAGCCUAGAUUUGGAGCUCAUGGGGUCCCUGACCACACUCAUCCCAAAGGAGCCAGACUAGCUGAACUUGGGGGCCUCCCCUCGCAACGGCUGCCCAUUGGCAUCCCUCUCAGGUGGGAGGAAUCCUCAAUCUCACCCCGCCCCUACAUCUACCAGAAUCUGGGCCACCCCCAGCAGUAUUUUUAUUUUAAAUGUUGCCCAUUUUAUGAGUUAUGAUGAAUUUGUAUUAAAGUUACAGAAUGUCAGUGGUCAGUUCCAUUUAUUCUGAAAAAGGCCCACCUUUUCUCUCCCAGGCAGUAUACGUAUAUUAACAUGGCUAAUCCACAAAGCAGCCCUACUGAGUACGUAAUAUUAUGCCCAUUUUACAGAGGUAGAAAAUGAGGCUCAGAGAGAAGAUGUGACAUACCCACAGUCCCAUGUCCCAUGCCGGUAAGGGGCAAAGCUUGGAUUAGAACUAAGUUCUAAAGCCAGCACUUACAUUACAACUUACUAGUCAGGGAAGACUGGCAGUCUGCCUGGAAGAGGGGUGAGUGGUAGCCUUGGGAGCAAAGGGGAGCUCAUGAGACAGUGUCAUGGUCUCCUGAAUUCCACAAACCUGGGCUUGAACCCAGGCUCCAUUACUGUAUGACUUUAGAGAAAUGACUUAACCUCUCUGGGCCUCAGUUUUCCACAAGGAAAAUGGGGAUAAUAACACC